AUUUGGAGGCUCUUACUCAAAUGACGACGGCGCUGUUGUCAUGGACGACAAGAGCUUCCAGACGACGACGAUAGGAGUGGUACUUGAUUUAGGGUCGCGCAUGGCAAAAGAGCAGAAGACAGCCAUGGAAAUCGCUGCCCAAGAAUUUAACGGCCUCGCACCUGGCCUGCUCUUCCAUUUCCACCAUUCUCACGGCAGCUCCGCAGCUUCUGUCGCCGCCGUUAUGGGUCUCGCGCGCAGCAAGCAAGUGCGAGCUAUCAUAGGGACGAUAUCACACGGCGAAGCGACUAUGGCAAUUGAAACUAACAGCACAUUGAAGAACAUUCCUAUCUUAUCCCUGACUUCGCUCGCAGUGAGCAGAGACACAGAGAUGUCUUCAACUCCAUUGCCAUACUUCAUCCAGUUGGGCACCGAUAUUACCUUCCACACGCGAUGCUUUGCCGCCAUUGUCGGGGAAUUCAAGUGGCCCAAAGUGACAGCAAUCUAUGAGCAAAAUAACGGAGUUUUCUCUGAUCCAAAGACAUUAGCUCUCUUUUCCCAUUCGCUUCGCCUUGUUGGUUCUGAGAUUGUUGACCAUUCAGCUCUGCCUUCUCUUUCUUCUCUGUCCAACCCUAGAGUUACUAUUGAAAAAGAACUUAGCAGGCUCAAGAGCAACAAUAACAGGGUUUUCUUGGUUGUUCAAGCUUCUUUAGAGAUGGCGAAUCUUCUUUUUGAGAGGGCAAAGCAAAUGGGUUUGAUGGAGAAAGAAUCGGUAUGGGUCAUACCCGAUGAGAUUGCUGGUCUCAUUGAUUCGGUGGAUUCCUCUGUUAUUAUUAACAUGCAAGGUGUUGUUGGAUUUAAAACCCACUUUCAUGAAAUGAGCGAGACAUUCAGACGAUUCAGAUACAAAUUUCGAAGAAAAUUCUCGUUGGAGUACCCUGAAGAAGAGAACAUUAACCCGAGUAUCUUUGCACUUCGGUCAUACGAUGCAACUUGGGCUAUUGCUCUCGCUGCAAAGAAAUCACAAAGGAAGUUCUCCCAGAAAGAAUUUUCAGAAAGCAUUCUUGCCAGCAACUUUGAAGGACUAAGUGGCAAGAUUCGCUUUAAAAAUGGAAAAAUAUUGUGGCCACGAGCCCUUGAAAUAGUUAAUGUGAUCGGGAAAAGCUAUCGAGAUUUGGCAUUUUGGCCUCCAGCAUUUGGUUUCUCUAAGAACCUUGCCAGACAUCAGUUAAUGGAGGUGACGAAAAAUAACGGUUCUACUGGAACCUUAGAAACAGUUUACUGGCCAGGAAAUUUACUUUCAGUUCCCAAGGGUUGGACUUAUGGUAACGAGGGAAAGACAUUGAGAAUUGGUGUGCCCGCACAAGGUGCCUUUACCCAUUUUGUGAAUGUGACUUACGAUCAGAGUCGGAAUAAAACUUCUAUCACAGGUUUCUCAAUUGAUGUCUUCAAAGCUGCUGUUAAACGUCUUCCAUAUCACUUGCAAUAUGAGUUUAUACCAGUCAACUGCUCUUAUGAUGAAAUGGUUCAGAAAGUCUACAAGAAGGAACUUGAUGCUGCUGUUGGAGAUACAGAAAUAAUGGCAUAUAGAUAUCGUUAUGUAAUAUUUUCUCAACCAUAUGUUGAAUCUGGCCUUGACAUGGUGGUAACAGUAAAGCCCAAUAAAUCAAAACAGACGUGGAUGUUCACGAGUGCCUUCACAAAAGAAACGUGGCUGGUGAUGACAGCAAUGCACAUUUUCAUUGGAUUUAUCAUCUGGCUGAUGGAACGGCAAGUGAAUGAAGAAUUGAGGGGACUUGGGGCUAUGCUUUGGUUUUUAGUCACUAUAAUCUUCUAUGCUCACAGAGAACCAAUCAAAAACACUUUUGCUCGGAUUGUGUUGGCACCAUGGUUAUUCAUAAUCCUUAUUCUCACGACAAGUUUUACAGCUAGUUUGACAUCCAUGAUGACCAUCAGUCAUCUUGAACCGUCUGUGUUGGACAUCAAAACCCUUCAAAGGACUAAUGCCCCUGUUGGGUGUAACGGAAAUUCAUUUAUCGUGAGAUAUUUGACAGACGUACUAAAAUUUAAGCCUAAGAAUAUUCGUAAAAUUGAUUCCAUAAGUGACUACCCUACAGCCUAUAAGAACAGGGACAUUGAAGCAGCUUUCUUUGUUGCACCACAUGCUAAAGUCUUCCUUGCCAAGUACUCAUGCGCAGGCUUCAUUAAAGCAGGGGAUACUUUCAAGCUUGGAGGAUUUGGAUUUGUGGGUUUGUCUUUUCCUUGUCAUUGUGAUCACUUUAGGAUUUGCUUGGUGAAGUGAAUAUUGGAGUCCCAUAGUCAAGAUUUUCAUUCAUUGCUAACUUCUAUGGAGUCUCCAAUUUUCACUCUUACUAAACAAACGCUUAAAUUUGAUGUUAACUUUUAAAUUUGAUGUUAACUUACACACACACAGGUUUCCUCUAACUAUAGUUUGAAACCUCAGGCUUUCCCAAGAGAUUCCUCCAAACUUGCUAAUGACAUAUCAGAGGCAGUGAUGAACGUGAUAGAGGAUGGAGAAACACAACAAUUAGAAGAUGAUAUGAUAUCCACGGCUAGUUGCUCCUCCUCGGAUGACAAGAUCCCGGGCAAAGGAUCAUUGGGAAUUCAACCUUUCCUUGGCCUCUUUUACAUCUCUGCAACUGUUGCUGUUCUUGCCGCUUUUGCAUGGUUGUAUUCCAUCAAGGACUUGGUUACAAGCGAAUUGCGGAACUUGAUGAGUCAAAUGCAAGAAACAUUUUCACAUUUCCGGAUAAUAUUACUAUGGAGAGGGACGAAAGCAUUUCUGGCUCACAUUUAUUCAGAAUUCCAAACUGGGAUAAUUAGAAGUUCUAUAUCAGGAACGAAUAAUCUAGAGGAUACAGCUUCUUCUGGUAACGAGCAAAGCCUGGGGGGUGCCGAACUAGUUCAUGCAGUUACGGUUCCUCAUGCUCCCAGCUAAGUUUUUCAUUUGGG